GGUCUGCGGCUGAGAGCUUAACAACGACACUAUUGUGCGGCCAGAGAAGCUGCUGCACUUUACUGCAACUAACGGACCUCCUGCUCCUCACUAACAUCAUUUACAUGAUAGAAACACGCGUCGGGAUGUUGUUGUUUUUCUGUCUGUGAGUCUUUCUUUCUACAUCUCAAGUCUGCAGAAGCCCGGGGAAGUUUAAGUCCAACUUUCUGGUGGAAUAUUAACUUUAGCUUUCAGAGCAUUAAUGACCGAAGUUUUUGCAUUGGUGGCCUCAGAGCGCAGAGAGGAGUGGGACGGACUUGGACAGCAGACAGAAGCUCCCGAUGCAGCAGUAACAAUCCAAACCUACCAGCAAAUAGAGCAACAUGACUAAGAAACUAUGUGGGACCAAUUACCCGUCCAGCAUCUGCUUCAUAGUGGUGAACGAGUUCUGCGAACGCUUCUCCUACUAUGGCAUGAAAGCACUGCUCACACUCUACUUCGUCACCUACCUGCACUGGGACCAGAACCUCUCCACUGCUGUUUACCACGCCUUCGGCAGCCUCUGCUACUUCACGCCCAUACUGGGAGCGCUCAUCGCUGACUCUUGGCUCGGAAAAUACAAGACCAUCAUCUACCUGUCCAUUGUCUACGUGAUCGGCCAUGUGGUCAAGUCUGUCGGAGCCAUCCCCACUGUGGGAAACACAGACGUGCACAUCGCUCUGUCCAUGUUGGGUCUGAUACUCAUCGCCUUUGGCACCGGAGGAAUCAAACCCUGCGUGGCGGCGUUCGGCGGAGACCAGUUUGACGAGGAACAUGGCAAAGAGAGGCAGAAAUUCUUCUCCAUUUUCUACAUGUCAAUCAACGCUGGGAGCCUCUUGUCGACUAUCAUUACACCCAUACUGAGAGGGGAUGUGCAGUGUUUCGGGGGGGACUGCUACGCUCUGGCCUUCGGGGUUCCUGCAGCUCUGAUGGUAGUGGCUUUAGUUGUGUUCAUUGCUGGCAGCGGGAUGUACAAGAAGAAUCCUCCUCAGGGAAACAUCCUGUUGGAAGUCUGCAAUUGCAUCGGGUUUGCCAUCAGUAACCGUUGGAGGAGAGCACGGUAUGACCCUCAGAGGAAGCACUGGUUGGACUGGGCUGAAGACAGAUACUCAAAGCGUCUGAUCCAGGAGAUUAAGAUGGUGCUGCGCGUUUUGGUGCUCUACAUCCCGUUGCCAAUGUUCUGGGCUCUGUUUGAUCAGCAGGGCUCCCGCUGGACGCUUCAAUCCACUAGGAUGAACAUGGCUUUCGGUGGGGCAUUCGUUAUUAAGCCUGACCAAAUGCAGAUGUUGAAUGCUCUGCUGAUUCUUCUCUUGGUGCCCGUCUUUGACCUCGUCAUAUAUCCGCUCGUUGGCCUUUGCAGAAUCAACAUAACGCCUCUGAGGAAAAUGGCUGCAGGGAUGAUUUUUGCAGCCCUGGCCUUUGGAGCGGCCACACUAGUGGAAGUGAACGUUGUGAAAUCUGUGGUGGAUCCUGCACCUGCUGGGAAGUGUCUCCUACAGGUCUUUAACCUGGCAGAAAGUAAUGUGAGUCUGGCGAUCCCCGGCAGCAACCUGUUCAAAGAGCCGAUCCCACCCCUUCAGGACCCUGCUAAAUAUGAGACGCUUCCACUAACUGCACCCGGGGAGGAUCUGAAGUUUGAAGUCUUGAAUGGAAAACCCUCAGAGUGUAAUCACACGUUUAACCAACAGACGGCCUACAGUCUCAUCUUAUACCCAGACAGCACCAGAAUCCAGUGCAAACUUGUGGUAGACCAAAUAGAGAAAAAUGAGGAUGGGAAUCCUUUCCUGAGGUUCCUCAACACACAGCCAGAGGCGAUAAAUCUGACUGUAGGAGGAGUGUUUUUCCAGUUGCCCUCAGGUUACAGCAUGUCUCCCAGCAGGACUGUUGAACGGGGAGAAUACCAAACUGUGUCCUGCGGCUCACAGUCAGGGAGGUGUGUUGAUCUGAAGCUGGGCCUGCUGGACUUUGGGGCUGCCUACACUGUUGUGCUCAUGGAGGAUUCAGGUAAACUUGUGGCUCACAGGAUGGAGGAUGUAAAGGCCAACGAUGUGCACAUCGCCUGGCAGAUCCCCCAGUAUGUCCUCAUCACUGUGGGAGAGGUCAUGUUCUCCAUCACAGGCCUGGAGUUCUCCUACUCACAGGCUCCAGCCAACAUGAAGUCCGUCCUGCAGGCCGGCUGGCUGCUCACUGUCGCAUUUGGGAACGUGAUCGUGCUGAUCGUGGCAGAGGGGGCGGGGCUGGAGCAGUGGAAAGAGUUUGUGCUGUUUGCCGGCCUGCUGCUGGCCGUCUGCAUCAUCUUCUCCAUCAUGGCGUACUUCUACACCUACGUCGACCCCGACCAGCUGGACAAGAUCUACCUGGAUGGAGACGAUGACAGUGACAAUGUGAAGAAAAAGGCCAAUGACGUCCAGCUGAAAAAACAGGAGAAGGGCACCAGACUGUAACUGUGCUGCUUUACAUGCACCUUCUUCUCUGCUGCAGCUGAUUUUGCUUCAAAAGUAUUGAUGAGUUAAAUGAAGGUAACUUUUUAUUUUAAGGUACUUUUUGUGAUAAUGAAGCACUAAAGUGUGAUCAUUGGACAUUUCUUGUUGUUAGAAGUGAUGUAUCUAUUUGUCACAUCAUUUAAUAUAUUAUGUGAAACGUUUCUUAACACUCCAGUCGCUUAAAGAUGUUUAACAAGAGAACAGGAAAGUAUUUUCUGAAUGACUGAAUACAUGAAAGUGUUUAAAACAGACUGUGUGAUUCCCCACACCGUGAUCAAUAGUGUUAUUACGAAUUAAUGUUGCUGUUUAUAUUUGUUGCGUACUGUAUUACCCCUUGGCAAAAUGUUAUAUUUCCCUAUGAUGCUGAAAAAUAAUCAAAAAAUCGAUUUAGUCUUUGAAAUAAUAUGUUGUUUACAUUGUGUGCCUAUGGAAGUGAUACUAAAAGGACCAUAUAGCUGCAGGUGGUUUUACAUGUUAAAGGCAAUUCAUUCAAAAUUCAGUAGAUAACAUUACCAUUAUUAGUAUGCAAGUGUUUAAAUGAUGACCUACCAUUAAGGGAGCCACUCUUUACAGUGAAGACACACUAAAAUCAUUAUAUAUUUAGUUUUAAUGCAUCAUAAUGAGCACUUUUUUUGUUGUGAGUUGUCUUAUUAUUGUUUGAAUGACAGUUGCAAGCAGGGAUUUUUAUAAAAACUGGCAGCAAUCUUUCAGCAGGAAACAAACCAAAUUCAUAUCACUUUUUCUCUUAUCAUCUGCUUUCUGAGUUUGAUUUUCUGAAAACAAAAAUUUGUCAUUGCCAAAUGUCAGAUGGGAAAACAUCACAUCACACACAGCAAGAGAACACACAAACCACACUUUUGACAAAGACAGAAAAGUUCACUGUGAGGGACUGUCUAUGUCUGGAAAGUUUAAAGGAAUAGUCUGCAGAGUGUUGGAGAUAUUAAUGGGUAGCUUGUGAAGAUUAAUAUAUUCCUGAUUAUGGAUCAAAGUGGUUUUCUUGGCAAGCCAUGUCCUGCAAAGCCUUUAUCAUCUCAUGUAAAUUAGUAUUGUAU